AUGGUGGUGCAACUAUGGAUAGUGCACGGGUUUAUCCAAUUCUCAAACACAAAACAACCAUUAGAGGAGGUUGCUAAUGAGUACUUCAAGGAUCUGCUUUGGAGAUCCUUCUUUGAAGAAGUAGGGGACAUGUUUGGAAAUUUAAAAUACAAAAUGCAUGAUCUAAUUCAUGAUCUUGCAGAAUCGGUUGCAAUGGUAGACUGCAAGCUCGUUGAUAUGGACAGCAAAAAUGUUGAUGAAAAAAUUCGUCAUAUAUGUUGUCCAUUUUUUAUCGCCUUCUCUUGUAAUGAGACUUUAAGCUUAUUGGUUAAAGCAAAAAAGAUGCGUACGCUUCUUCUAAGAUCAAAUAAGUAUUGGUUAGAUGAGCCAAUGUUGAAUACAAUUACUUUGAAUUUCAGAAGCUUGCGUGCAUUAGGUGGAAUGACGAUCACAAGGGUACCAAAUUCUAUAGGGAACUUAAUACAUCUCAAAUACCUUGAUCUUUCUAGAAGCCAUUGUAUUGUCACUCUCCCUGAAUCUAUUACUAGACUAUGGAAUUUGCAAACAUUGAAAGUCUUUUACUGCAGUAGGCUUGAAGAAUUACCUAAAGACAUUAAAGAAUUAGUCAAUCUCAAGCACCUUGAUGACAAUGAAUGUGAAUCUUUGAGUAAUAUGCCUCGUGGAUUAGGGCAACUGACUUGUCUUCAAACAUUACCAUUAUUCAUUGUGAGCAAGGACUCUUCUUCCAUCUCCAAGCACGUUGGUGGCCUAGGCGAAUUAAACCAGCUAAACAACAUCAGAGGAACACUAAAGAUCACACAUUUGGAGCGACUAGAAGGUGCUAACUCCAUAUGCAAGGCUGCAAAUAUAAGUGGAAAACAGCAUCUUGAAGAGAUGAUGUUAAGAUGGGAUCAAGAAGGUAAUAUUAAUAAUGACGAUGAGAAGUCAUUAGAUAGCCUCCAACCAUAUCAAAAUCUCAAAUAUUUGUUGGUGGAAGGGUACGGGGGAGUGAGGUUUUCUAGUUGGCUUUCUUUGCUCCCCAAUCUGGUUGAAAUAAUAAUAUUAGAUGGUAAAAGAUGCCAACAUUUGCCACGGUUAUCUCAACUCCCCUUUUUACAAUCUCUAUGGCUUAAUGUUAUGGACGAUUUGGAGUACAUAUCAGAUGGUGAUAUAAGCGAGGAGGUACCUACUUCAUCCACAGUGUCGUCAACACCAUUCUUCCCAUUGUUGAAGUUACUCUCAAUCCGAAAUUGCCCUAAGCUGAAGGGAUGGGGGAGGAGUGCAUCAAUGCAAGAUCAUCAUCACCACUCAUUGCCUUCAUUUCCUUGUCUUUCUUAUUUAGAAAUUGAGCAUUGUCCUAAUCUGACUUCCAUGCCUCUAUUUCCAUAUCUUGAAGAAGAUUUAUAUUUGAAUAAUGUUAGCUUCAUGCCUUUGCAAGAGACAAUGGCAAUGGCUUCGUUGCUGCCCCCCUCAUCCCCUCUUUCUAAAUUAAAGAUUAUGACUCUGGCUUUUAGAGAGGAUGAAGUACCUCUGCUAGAUGACUGGCCGUAA